CGCCGGGGCCCUGCCCAUCUCUUCCUCCUCUGGCCGGCGCUCUGGCCUACCAGCAAGAACACGCUGCGGCUGGCUGGCGGCUGCGGCCACACUACUCAAGUGUGAACAAAAAGGUCCAUGCUUGCUUCUCCCCUCUCGCUUCCUUUGGCACCCAGCCCUGUAAAAGCAAUAGUACCAAGUACUCCUAGAUCUUGGAUUCCUCUCAUCACUCCACCAGGAGUAACGCACGUAGCAGCAGCAGGAGUAGGUGGGCAGCAGGGAGCAACCUCCUCGUGGUGCCCUUCAUGUUUCACAGCUCUCCCACGCGUUUGCUUCAAGCAUUGACCGGGGACCGAAUCCAGUCCACCCGCCUGUUCUUGACCCCUUCCCGUCAUCUUCCCCGUCUGUCUCUGCAGGAGCUUGCGGUUUGAGCCUUGAGCGCGCGGGUGUGGCGGUGGCAGUGGCGACCGUGACCGGCGCCGGAGAUCUUGGGUGCGUGCGAGAUCCUGGGCUGGGCUCUGUCUCUGAAGGCGCCGCCCGCCACCCCUGUUUUUUUAUCCUAAGAUAAGUUUCUUCAAUCCGAUACCACUUCUAGUUUCCUUCAAAGAUUUGUGAACUAUGAAGCCACCUUUGGAGAGGAACCCUACUAAGAAGCGCCACUCUUGGUGGUGGGACAGUCACAUUAGCCCUAAGAACUCGAAAUGGCUUGCAGAAAAUCUCGAAGAAAUGGACAAGCAAGUGAAGGAAAUGCUCCAGCUGAUCGAGGAGGACGGUGACUCCUUCGCGAAGAAAGCACAAAUGUAUUACCAGAGGCGUCCAAUGCUCAUCACCCAUGUCGAGAAUUUCUAUCGUAUGUAUCGUGCUCUAGCUGAGCGCUAUGACAAUGUAACUGGUGAAUUGCGCAAGAACAUCCCUACAAGGCUGCAGUCGACAACCAGUUCAGAGUAUGGUUCUGAGCUGCAGAGGUCUCCCUCACCAUCUCCUGAGCCAUUACAGAGGUCAUGGACAAGGGAGCAGAGUCCCAGAGCUGCUGGCUUCGACUUCUUCCUGAGCAACAGGAACAAUGACUCACCUGUCUCUAGGAAGGAACCUGAGGACUUGGCCUCACAGUCUGAGUCUGAUGCGAAGUCUGAAGAUGGUGACGAUGAUGGCAUUGCCUACACGCUGCAUCAGAGAGUUCUUGAACUAGAGGAUGAACUCAAUAUGACAAACCAGAAACUACAAGAUGCAAAUCAAAAGCUUGAGGCUUUGGAGGAGAAGAGCUUGAGGUGCCAUUGUGACUAUAAAGCGAAUGGAAAUGGUGCUGAGCAAACUACAGAAGUUUCAGACAAAGAGCAGGAGCUGGAAGCUGAAAUUGUCAAUCUCCAGGAACAAAUGGAUUCAACAAGAAGGCGAUUUGAAGAGGCAUUGUCUGAAAGAGAUGGAGAAAUCAGCAAGCUAAAGCAAGAGCUUGCUGAUGCUUCUGAAAACUUGCAGGAAGAGAAGUAUGCUAAUGGCUUGCAGAUAUCUGAGCUGCAACAAUCGGUUGAAUACAUCGGGUCCAAACUAGAGAAAGUUUCUGAAGAGAAACUACUGGUUGAGAACAAGGUUAAGGAGCUGGAGGCAACAAAUGCUGAAGCUGAUAAGUAUGGUCAGGAACUAACCCAAGCUGCCGAGAAGCUUUCAGAGGAGAAGUUCAGGCAUGAAGCUGAGAUUCUCACGAUGCAGCAGAACAUUGAAGAUCUGAAAUCCGGAAUCGAGAGCCUUGCUCGAGAGAAAUCCCUGCUUAAAUCAUGGUUUGAUGACUUGGAGCAAGUUGUGGGGCGAGGAAGGAGCAUUUUGGUUGAGUAACCAAGUUUAUCCAAAAGCAUCAGUAGCUAGAAUUUAGCAACUUAGCAACAUUUUAUUCUAUUUUCUCAUACGCAUACCAUCUUGCGAAAUUAAGAUAUGUCAGUGUACUUUCCUUUCCUUGCUGAAUCUUUACUUGGACGUGAAACGUGAUGGAUGGUGGUGAUGUACUGGCAAUAUAUGAGAUACUAUACUGAACCAUGAUGCAUCUUGCACGUUCAGUCCGAUUACUGCUACUGUUCGUAUUAUUUGAAAACCACUGUUCUUGCCUGAGGGUUUUCCCCCUCCACUUCUUUAA